AUGAAAUGGCGUAUGACGCCCACUUCUAAACAAGAGAGCGCAAUCACAUCAUAUUCUGACCCCAUAUAUUGCCUAACGAGAAAGUUCGGUAUGGUCAAAAGCAGAAGUGAAGACUCUUCAGUCCUUGUAGAGAGCAUUGAGGAUGAAGAGCAAGAGUUCGCUUCAAGCUUGAAUGCAGCACAGACAAGCGAGGAGCCUGCACAUUCCUCCGUGCUUUUGCGCAUGAGAGAAGUCUGCGCUGAAUCUGCCCAGGCAGAGAUGGAAAAUUCAAUUGGAAUCCCCUGGGAGACAAGAAAGAAGAAAAAUACCUCCCCAGCCCCCAGGGAGAGCCAGGAGGCAGAAUUUGUCUCUUACAGCCUGCACGACAAAGAAGUCAUUCUUUCAGACGGGUACAUUUUCAGCCCGUUGCACAAAGAGUUGCACCGGCAGGGGAUUUCCUUCGGGCCUUUCUACACGGACUGCCUCAUAAACGAGAAAGUAGCUCUUUACACCGUGUACCCAGGGAGGCUGAGCCCAAGCGACGGGCGCCUGCUUUUUUUCGUAACGAUGUCAGGCCUUGUCGUUAAGGACAUAGAGAGGUACAGCGAAGACCCGCAUCUGGUUGGUGCAUCCACCGACGAGGAGGAAGUUGCUUUCCUGGCAGGGAAAAUUGAAGCCCUGCACCAGGCAAUGGCGGGGAUGCACCGGUACAUGGUUUACCUGGGGGUUGAAAUCCAGCCGCUCACCUUCCUGCGGGCAUUCAACUACCUGUUCAGACACUUCCAGCUCGUUGAGGCACGGCUGAAGGAAGUUGCGAGAAGGCAAAAGGCGUACCCAGCGAAUGCUGCACUGCAGGGAAUUGCCAUAGCAGGGAUAAAGGCCCAAGUUGACGAGGCUGCAAUUGCGCACGAAGACAGGCGAAAUCCGUCCAGGUGCUCGUCCGACUUUAUGCUCUACGGGCAGACAAUGCAGAGAAGCUCCUUCGUGGACAAAACAAUAUGCGCAGACUCUGGGGGAGACAAAGUGCCUGCGUACAUACAGGCCUGCCUCUUCUCCAUGGCGUGGGACUCUGAGAAGUUCUUCUCGAGCACCCUCCAGAAAAUCCACAGAGUCCGCGACCUGGACAACUUCUACCUCCCGCUGACUAUUUCCCUGGUGCUGCUCACGCACUUCUUCUUCUCUGCGCUGGGGUGCUUCUCCAACAGCUCGUCUCGCGUGAGGAUGGACGCAUUCGAGUACUACAUGCACAUGCUGUUCAACAUCACCGUUGGGAGCAUGAUUCUCGGGAAAAGUGCAAAACAGCUUUCUGAUGCACGCACCCACAAGAGGGAAAAUGCAUGUCUUUACAACCUCAUGAAAAACUCCAUGAACAGAAACAGGUACAUCCUCCAGAGUGCGCUCCUGGUGGGGAUGGCUGCACUCGCCGUUCUUGGGGGGGCUUCUGUCAUGGCCCUGGAAACAUUUGCGCUCGUCCCGUCCUCGGAAAGCCUCAUGAAGGCGAGGCACUACGCGAAGAUGGAGGGCAGCCUGAACGCUCUUUUCCUCCUUGCUUUCCGGGGAUUUUCAUCCUCCGUCCACAUUGCCGUGCUCUUCUUCCUCUUCAUGUCGAUGUUCAACCGGUCUUUUGUGAAGGAGGCAGUAAAGUACCGGUACGCGAAGGCAGCAGCUCUGCUUCUGACUGCGUACAUUCUGGUAGUCUGCACGGGCGCACUUCUAUACACGCCGAUGAAAGACGCAGAGUUCUUUGGGGUUAUAUACCGGUACCACAUAGGAAGCAUUCUGUACGCUGGAGGUCUUCUGUGCGCUCUCGUAUAUCACUCGUGCAUCUCCCUGGAUAAAACCAGAAAGGCAGUGCACCUCGUGCAGGACCAGGCCCUCUCAAAGUUCGCGUGGAGGUACGCAGUUGGGCUCGCCCUCGUUCUGGCCGUGUCUGGCCUCCUGUAUGCGCUCUACAUGCACUUCUACGUCUCGCAGGCGUAUCUUUCGAUCUUUCACGCCUCGAAGAACAAGCUGUACCGAAUAGGCCUGAGCCUUCCUGUGCACGGAAACUAUCUCCUGAAGGACACCAUGAAAUAA